UCACAGCAGAUAAGGCCCUUCGCCAACCAAGCCAAAUUAUGGCAUCUGAAUCCUGAAUGAUAAGCUGAUGACAUAACUUUUUUUAGUAGUGAUGGUAAUGCGCGUGACUUCUACACCACAAAAAAACACAUUUCGGCUUCAUUUUCACGCAACAAUGCUUAUCAUAUUUAAUAUCAUGAUCGCUUCUUCGACAGCCAGCCAUGCAUCACAGGUUGCGCUUCGACAAUCGCUUACUCACAAAUGGAUGGUGAGAAUGAAGGAAGCACUUAGUUCCAUGUGCAUGACGCGACAUUAUAAACGCAUACCUUAUUACAAUUAUCAAGUUCAUCUAUACAACUUUUUUUAUUUUAUUACUAUUCAUUACGUCAGAGCUGGAAGUUGGGCAAUACAGAUUAGGACCGAAUAUGUACGCGUCACCCAAAGCGCGACCUGCACUUAGCAGGUACAUGUUAAAUUAGCCAACACUUUGGAUCGUAAACACAGUCUCAGCGCUUUGGCGAUCGAUUAAGCUAGACGUAAUAAGACAUCUUAUUGAUUCUAAAAUGUCUAAAGUAAUGUUGAUCUUAACUCG